UUCUUCAACAAUACAACAGCAACCAAACAAUCAAACAAACAAAAUGUUCAAAUACUUUGCUCUCGUUUUCGUGGCCCUCUUCGCCUUCGCUGCUGCCGAGCCUAAGCCCGCUGUUGUCGCACCAUUGGCCUACUCUGCUCCAUUGGUUGCUUCGCCCUACGCCGCUGCCUACGCCUCUCCGUAUGCUGCUUACGCUGCUGCGCCUUAUGCCGCCUACGCUUCACCCUACGCUGCCUACUCCGCUUACCCAUACAGCGCCGCCUAUGUGCUCCGCAAGUAAAUGGAAUGUAGCAGAAGAACUGUGAUAGUGAUUGGAAUUGA